CUAAUAAACUUUAGUGCGAGUGCACGAAUCGAUAACCAUCAAUUUGUGUGGAUUGAUGAUUAAUAUUGCGACCGAUUACGUGACGAAGUAUCCGUCAAGUAUUUCCAAUUUAUCGCUCUUGCAAUAUCAUUUACUGUUAACACAAGAGAUUAACAAUACAAUAGUUUUCAGUAACGUUUCUAACAUUUCAUCACUUUUUAUUUCUCAUGAUUAAACACAUCUGUGAUUAUCUGUAAUCGAUAAAGCUACGUGACCGAUACGCGUUGAGUGAUAAUAACAAUCUCUCCUUGUUUUAAUUUUCCAUUACACUUUAGCGUGAUUUGGUAUUCCACCCUUUUCCAGCUUUCAUAAGACAGAUUUAUGAGUUAGAGUCUUGUACGAUAUUAUAAAUUAAUAAUUCACUUCAGUGACAAUUAAUUGAAUUUGCUAGGAAUAAAUUAUUUUUAUAAUAAAAGAAGAGUCUAACAUUUUUCGAGGUUUUAAUUUCCUGAAACAUGACUAAACAGCCAAAAAGCAUCGCAAUUCUUUAUCAAAUUACAAAUUGAGACGGCGAAAGAUAGAUCCUUACGAUUAUCUAUAGAUCUACGUUGCUGAAUAGCGAUACGCUUAUCGUCUGAACAUUCUGGGAAUACCAUUUUGUAAGAUCGGCACGUAUUAUUUAUACCGCAGACGAGAAUGAGUGUUCUCUCCUUUUUUCACGAGACACUGUCGAGAGAUGUUCGAUUCGGGGAUACGCUACACGCUCGCGGACGUCGCCAAGUGCAACGGCAAGAACGGCGCCAGGACAUGGAUCGUCGUCCACGACAACGUUUACGAUGUGACGGAUUACAUGCAUCACCAUCCUGGAGGUCCAGAAUUACUUGGAGAGUACGCAGGAAAAGACGCGACGUCCGGAUUCGAUGAUUUCGGACAUUCCUCUGAUGCGAAGAAGAUGCUCAAGGAAUAUCUCAUUGGCGAGCUUGAGGAUGAGGAUAAAAGAGCGAACAGGAAGAAAAAGUUUGCCAUAUCUAACGGAGUGAAAAUGGAAGCAUCAGCGGGGCGGAGACAUAGAACCUUGUUGGCAAUGCUUUGCGGCAAGUGUACAUGUUAAAAACUGCGUCGCACUGCAUGAGAUGACGUAUGAUAAGAUAAUCGGAAUUAACAUUUUGACCAUGUGUAUUAUACAUACGUACACACACGCUACAUUACUGUGAAUAAUAUGAGUAAGUGUAAAUGAUUUAUAUGUAUGUCGCUCGCUUAUCGCGUUCAUGCAUUUAAUGCAGGCUGACAGGCAUGUUAAAAAUUUUGAUUGUAUUCAUAAUCUCGUUAACGAUAUUCCAUGAUAAUGGUAUCUCUCGUCAUGUAAGACACUUUAAAAUUGCGCUCGCGUUGCAUACGAGGAAAGUCCGCUUCGUGACAUAUGUAUCGUGAAAUAUGCGAAGGCCUCGCGGCUAUUGCGAAACGUUUUUCUCAUUAACCAGACUGUGUUACGUAAUCGCGAGAUGUUUUUAAACGAAGACAUUGUACAGUCUGCAACUUGCUCGUUGCACGUGAAUACAUUUUCGAUGAUUGUUUAAUAAUAAUAAAUAAUUUUUAUGUUUAAUAAUAAA